AUGUACAUGGAAGACGAAGGCUGCCCGGUUAUCUUAGUUUGCGGCCCGAAAAGCAUCGGAAAGUCAACGUUCAACAGAUACCUGAUGAACCUUUUACUCAACCGCCUUCCCUGCCUCGAAUACCUGGAGUGCGAUUUGGGGCAGCCGGAGUUCACCCCACCGGGCUGCAUUUCCCUGGUGAACGUGCGGGAACCCUUGUUGGGCCCCCCGUUCGCCCACCAGCGGCCCCCUCGCAAAAUGGCCUACUACGGGGACGCCUCUUGCGAGCACGACACGGAGCGGUACCUCGACACGCUGAAAUACGUCUUCGGAGGCUACGAGAGAGACAUCCCUCUGCUGGUCAACACCAUGGGAUGGGUGAAAGGUAGGGGGGGUUUGCGUCCGCUAAGCCAGUCUUCCUCCUGGGCUCCCUCCCCUUCCCCAUGUCCGUUGGGGAGGGGGCUUCUAUCCCCCGGCCCUCCGUGGUCCAAAGGGCCCAGCGGAGGGGAUACAACCGGGGGCUUUCCGCUGCACCGUAGAGAGUACCUUAACUUCCUGUGCCGGGGUCUGGUUUGCCAAUGGGUCAACGGCAUUGCCCGGAGGGUCGUGGGUUGCCCCCUCCCCUCUUUGGACGAUGCUUUGUAUGUUUCGAUGCUCCGUGUUGGAAUUGUCCGAGGGGUCGACAUGACCAACAAGCUUUACUACAUCCUGACGCCGGUGGCUCCGGAGAACUUACGCCGGGUGAACUGUUUGCUGAUCGGCAACAUCGCCAUCCCUAAUUGCAUCUUUCUGAACCAAAAGCGGGGGGCUUACGAGCUGGAGGCGUUGCCCCCCGAUUUGUCGGAUCCGGAGGCGAGCCUGGUGGAGAGGUUCUCCUGGAGGUCGACGCUCAACAUUGCAUCCCAGGAUCCGGAGGAUGAAGAAGAUGCAGCGGUGGAGGAGACGGUGCCCCAGUGCGAAAACCCCAGCUGUGCUGAGAACCAGAGGGCCGUCAAG